GGGAAAUGGCGGGAGAUCCAGUUUGGCCGAGCAGGGAGAUUUUGUCCAAUCUGUCGGACUGAUGUCACACCGAUAGACAGAUGCUUUGUUCUGGGUCAUUCUCUUCUGGGGUUCUUUGACAGCUAGAAUGAUUGGCCGGGUACCGAUGCCAUGACCACUGUCCCACAGCUGACUGUGUCAUGUGACAGUGCCGACCUUUUUGAUGAUGGUGACGAUGAUCUGCUGCUUUCAGUUGCAUUGGAUCCAGCUGAUGAGGGAUGUCCGGCUCAGUCAGAUGAUAAAGCUUUGGGAAACAUCACUAAAAAUAAUAAGGAAGUGGAGAACGCUGUACAGGUACCAGAGAAGUUUGCCUUCCCUUUUGAACCAUAUGGUAUACAAGUGGGCUUCAUGAAAGCUCUUUAUCAAAGCCUGGAAAUGGGCAAGAUUGGAAUCUUUGAAAGUCCUACUGGAACGGGCAAAUCCUUGAGCCUGAUUUGUGGAGCUCUCACCUGGCUGCAGCAUUACGAGGAGAAACAGAGACAAGAAUUUGAUCUUCUAUUCAGAACUGAAGCUUCUUUGGGCAGUAACCAUCAGGAUUCAAAAGGUAUGAUUGAUGUUCCAGAUCUAUCUCAAACACCCAUCGCACAAUAUAGUUGUCAGCAAUCGACAUCAGAUGGUACGAAACCUGCUGUGCUUCUGCAGGACCUGUGGAGUGUUCUGUUUUGUUUUUUGUUUUUUGUGAUUGAUAGCGUACAGUAUUUUGCUGUUUCAGAGCUGGACUGGAUUCAGCAGUUUUCAGAGAAGAAAGCAAUGGAGGAAGAAGCAGAAAAGUUAAGGAAAGAACAAGAAGCUAGACUGAGGAAUGAAAAGAAAAUGGAGGCGCUGAAGAAAGACUUUGGACAUCGCAGAGGGAAGAGAAAGCGUGAGAAACUGGACCAUGAUUUUGAGGAGUUAAUGAAGAGCGCUCCUGAGGGGCUACGAGAGGAAUAUGCUGCAAGUGUGAAGGCAGAUGGAGACCAAAUGGAGAUAACUGAGGAGGGAGCUGUGGAUGAAGAGCUGAUUGUUGUGGACUAUCACAGUGAUGAUGGGAAGGAGAACAGAGGCAGCGAGUCAGAGGAUGAGGGAGAGGAGGAGCAUGUUACCAAGAUUUACUACUGCAGCAGGACACACUCUCAGCUCUCUCAGUUUGUCAAAGAAAUCAUGAAAAGCCCUUUUGGAGAGAAUACCAGAGUGGUUUCCCUUGGCUCUCGUCAGAACAUGUGCAUCAAUGACUCUGUGAAGAAAUUGAAGUCGCUGAGCUUGAUAAAUGAUAGAUGUUUGGAGAUGCAGAAAAAUAAGAAGAGUGGAGAGAAAAAUGAGGAAGGUGUUCGAGUAAAGAAGCGAAAGUCCAUGGGCACCUGUCCGUUCUAUAAACAGGAUCACCUACAGGAUUACAGGGAUAGGAUUCUGAUGGAUGUGAAUGAUAUAGAACAGAUGGUAACAAUGGGUCGGCAGAUGAAGGCAUGCCCCUAUUAUGGCUCCAGGUUCGCCGUUCCAUCAGCUCAGGUGGUAGCCCUCCCCUAUAACACCAUCCUGCACCGCUCUACACGGGAGGCCUGUGGGAUCAAGCUUGAGGGUAACAUCGUCAUCAUAGACGAGGCUCAUAACUUACUGGAAACCAUCAACAAUAUUCACAGUGUUGAGGUCUGGGGCUCUCAGCUUACACAAGCACUCUCCCAGCUCAGCCAGUACUUCCAGAGGUAUCAGUCACGACUUAAGGCCAAGAAUCUUCUCUACAUCAAACAGCUGUUAUUUGUCCUGCAGGGCUUCCUCAGGUGUUUAGGAGGUAAGGCAAUUUGUCAGGUACACUUUGGGACAGGAAUUCACAUAGACACUUCUCACAGAAAACCUGGGGUUGCAGCAGAUCAGCAGACUAGGACAGAUAAGGAUGUAAAGCUACAGACGAUCAACAAUUUUUUGUUUGAGUCAAAUCUAGAUAAUGUAAACCUGUUCAAGGUGAAGAAGUAUUGUGAGAGAAGCCAGAUAUCCAAAAAGCUUAAUGGGUUUGUUGAGAAGUAUCAGCCACUAGUGGUCACUCAAGAACCAAAGAAGGAAGAUGUCUCUGCCACGUCCGGAGUGAGUAGAUUUUUGAAGGAGAUGAUUGAUCAGAAGGCAAGCAAAGGUUCGGCCAUACAGCAAGAAGAUGCCUGUGUUCCUGCUGUAGAGGAGAGGAAGGAUACAUACAGCAGUAUGAGGUCACCGCUCAUGCACAUAGAGGGAUUCCUUGAGGCUCUGACCAAUGCUGAUAAAGACGGCAGAGUGGUUGUCAGCAAGCAAAAUGUAUUGAGUAAGAGCAGUGUGAAGUUCCUGUUGUUGAACCCCGCAGUACACUUUGUGAGUGUGGUGGAGCAGUGCAGGGCCGUGAUUGUGGCGGGAGGCACCAUGCAACCUGUGUCAGAGUUCAAAGACCAGUUGUUCCAUGCUGUGGGUGUGAAGCCUGACAGAAUCCUGGAGUACUCUUGUGGUCAUGUCAUCCCAGGUGACCAGAUCUUACCUGUGGCCCUAGCUAGAGGACCUACAGGUGUGGCAUUGGAUUUCACCUACCAGUCACGUAACAACCCAGAGUUGUUGGAUGACUUGGGACGGCUGAUGGUGAAUGUGUGUAAUGUGGUCCCAGGGGGCGUGGUGGUGUUCUUCCCCUCAUAUGAGUACCAGAGGCUGGUUCACACACACUGGCUGAGCACAGGGUUCCUACGCAAAAUCAACCUGAAGAAAAAGGUGUACCAGGAGCCUAAGUUAGCAGGCCAGGUGGACGUGGUUUUGUCCCAGUAUGCAGGGUGCAUUCAGGGUAAUGCCAGUUCAGAGGUCCCUGGGGCUGUACUUUUCUGUGUGGUGGGAGGCAAAAUGAGUGAAGGUAUCAACUUCGCAGAUGAGAUGGGCAGGUGCGUGAUCAUGGUGGGUUUACCUUACCCUAACUUAUACUCUCCGGAGCUGAAAGAAAAAAUGACCUACCUCAAUACCAACUUUCCCAAGUCAAAAGAUGGCCGCCUGCCUGGACAAGUCCACUAUGAGAAUCUGUGUAUGAAGGCUGUCAACCAGUCUAUUGGAAGGGCCAUACGACACAAGAACGACUAUGCCAGCAUCUUACUGUUAGAUCAUCGCUACAGCCGAGGGAAUGUGGUUAGUAAACUGCCAACCUGGAUCUCUGACCACCUGGUGAAAAUGGAGAGGUUUGGACCAGCCUUUGGAGCAUUAAGCAAGUUUUUCAUGGGAAAGAAAACCAGAUGACGUCUGUUGAAUGAAUAUGAAAGUGAUGAAAUGAAGACAGGCAAGUUUUAAAAAGGCUCAUGGGUAUCACACCUGUGAGAGGACACCUGGAGCUCACCCACACAGUGGUCUAAUAGAGAGUAUUCAUGUACAUACCAGUCGCCAUUAUCAUCAACACAUGUAUAUGUUCAUUUCUUUCAUUGCUAUUAAAUAUAUUUAUUGUUUGGGUAUUGUUUAUUCAUUUGUAGUUCCUGGAGCACAGCUUAUGCCAUAGCAGUGCGAGUGGCAGCCAAUAAAAGGGAAAGCAAUGUUAAACAAAAUGUUAUGGGUGGUACCUUACAAAGUACUGCAUGUAUUGAGCUCAGGUUUUGCUCACAUGUAGAUCACAAUAAUACGAGGUGGAUAUUUCAUCAUUGAUUCACUGUGUGCACAGAAUUACUGUCAGUUACAAAAUUCCUAACUUGCAGUAUUGUGUAUUAAAAUUAGUGUUUAAUUUCUUUAUUUAUUUGAUUGGUGUUUUACGCAGUAUACAAGAAUACUUCACUUAUAUGACGGCAGCAAGCAUUAUGGUGGGAAGAAACUGGACAGAACUCGGGAGAAACACACGACAGGUUGCUGGCAGACCUCCCCACGUUAGGCCAGAGAGGAAGCCAGCAUGUCAAGUUGAACUCGUAGCCACCGCAUUGGUGACAGGCUCCUGGGUCCUUGCACCACGCCGGCGCAUAAUCAGUGUUUAAUAAAGUAAUUGUAAAGGGAAGUGUCUGAUAAAGUACUGCAUGUUUUGAUUUGAAGUUUUACAUGCAUCUAGAGCACAAUGAUACAAAUGAGCCGGUGGGGGGGGGGUGUUGUUGGUGGUGGUGGAUAGCUGAUGCUCGGUACAUAUUACUAGUAACUAACGUACAUAACCAAAUUCAGAACUUCAGUGCUUUAUGUAUAGAGCUGAAGUUAUGCGUUCAUGAGUGUCCCACAGGACAGGCCUUGCUACUUUCUUUUCUCAUUCGGUGUCUAUAUUGAACUGUUGUAUCACACACUAUUGUUAUUUUGGGUUUACACUUGCGUUGUCUGGCUUUUGGUGCUGACAAUUUAAUGAACCCAAUUCUGUUAGACGGGUCGGAAGUUGGUGGUCACGUGACCACCCUUUCGUGCCUAAAAUAGCCUCCCAAUGUUAAAGCGUUGGGGAAAAGGUCACUUUUUGCCACUUCGCUAGCGGCCAGUAAGGCCCAGUUGUACAAAAUAACGUCACGAAAGCUCUGCAGACUAUCUGGAAAGCUGAAAAGUAUACAAAUCCAACGGAUACAAGACCGCUGGCAGCGGUUCAAAAAUAGGCAUUUUCCUAUGCAAUGACGUUGAGAGGACCGUUUUCUUCACCCACGCCGUUUGUUACUAAGCAGAUGACGUGGUCUCUAGCUUCCGAUCCGUCUUACAGAAUCAAGUUAUGAUAUGAUUAUAAAACAAAUAGGAAUCUUUCUGAUCUCAUGUCAGUUGAAGUGAUACCGCAGUGCUAGAGAUUUUAAUACAUUGAAUGGAAACAACAGAUGAACUAAGCGUUAGUAUCUUAAGACCAGAUAAAACUAUAUUUCAGAAUACUUUUACUUAUUUUCAUUGGUCUAUGGACCGAGGUUCGUUAUGGAGGUGCAAAAAUGUGAUGAAUUUUCAAAAGUAGUCCACUGAGUCUUAAGUAUUCGCUGUCAGUGCAUAUGCGUGAAGAAAUGAGCCUUCGU